AUGAGUAAUGCACCCGUUUCCUUGAUUUCCCUAAACGAAAUGUUUAGAAAGAAUAAAGAAGAAGAAAAGCAUAAAAAUGUAGACACUACAGAGCUUACGAAUCUUGUGUUAAAUACAUCUAAUUAUAAUAAGAAUGAAGAGAAAAGAACUUUUGAAGAAUUAAACGUAUCCAUAGAAAUAAUACGAGCAUUAAAAAGAAUAAAUAUUUUUUACCCUUCAACGAUACAAUAUAUGAUUAUGAAAAAAUUAAUAUAUAAGGAUAAAAAAGAAAAAAAAAAAAAUUGUAUAAUACAAUCAAAAAAUGGAACAGGUAAAAGUAUGUCCAUUUGUAUAAUUGUUAUUAAUGAAAUAUUUUGUAAAAUGAAGAAGAAAAAAGAAACUGAAGAAAAUAAAAAAAAUAAAGAAGAUGAAAUAGGAAGAAUAGAUUAUUCAAAUUAUGUAUCAGAUCAUAUAUCUCAAUCUAUUUCUCAUAAUGAAAACAUUUUCUUUGGUUUUUUAUUUUUUUAUGGAUUAAUAUUAGAACCCACACGAGAAUUAUGUCAACAAGUUUAUGAUAAUAUUAAAAAAAUAACCAACAUAUUAAGAAAUGUAGAUGAUGAAGAUGGUGAAUAUCAUGAAGAUGGUGAAUAUCAUGAACAUGAUGAAGAUAUUUAUGAUAAUAAAAAUCGAUUGGCUCUUUAUAAUAGCAUGUAUACAGAUGUAUAUGAGAAGAAGAAAUAUGUUAAUUAUUAUAAAAUAAAAUCUUUAAUAUUAUAUGGAGGAACAGAUAUUUUUGAAAGUAUAAAAACAUUGUUUUAUAAUUUUCCUCAUAUUAUUAUAUCAACACCUGGUCGUUUAAAGCAUGUUUUAAAUAUCUUAAAUAAGGUAAAGAUAGAAAUAAAUAAAGACGACAAAAUAAAAAAUAAAGGAAUAUAUCCUUUAUCAUAUAUAACUAUUAUUAAUAUGUGUUUAAAUUAUUUUAUUCUUGAUGAAAUUGAUGCCUUAUUAGAUGAACAAUUCGAUGAUCAGCUAAAAAUUAUUUACAAUUAUAUAGUCAAUCCAAAAAUACAAAUCUUAUGUUAUAGUUCGACAUUCCAAGAUGCAUGUAUAAAUAAUUUUAUACAAAAAGUUUUAGAAUGUGAUGAAAGAUAUCUAGCACGUUUACAGCGUGUGGACACGAGUAACAUGGACCACACAAAUUAUAAAGACGACAGUAAUGAGUAUUUUAAAAUGUGUCUACAUAAUGAACAACAACAUUGUGGAAAGGAAAACAAAAUGGUAGAUGAGUAUAUCACGGAUGGGCAUAAUAUAGAUAUAAAUAAAAAUAAAUAUAAUGUUGAUAUGAAUAAAAAUAAUGUUGAUGUGAAUAAAAAUAAUGUUGAUAUGAAUAAAUAUAAUGUUGAUAUGAAUAAAAAUAAUGUUGAUAUGAAUAAAUAUAAUGUUGAUGUGAAUAAAAAUAAUGUUGUUAUAAACAAUAUAGAUACACAUUUUAUUACGUCACGCUUACAAAAUCAUCAUCUUAAAAUAAAAAGAAAAAAAAUUAAUAAAAGCAAAAAAAAAAAAAAAAAAUUGAAAUAUAACAAUAAACCCCAAUCCAAAGUAAUAAAAGAAUUACAAAAAAUAAUUCACGAUGAAAACAUUUUAUGUAAAGAGUUUAUUUGUAAAUAUAUUUUUAAAAAAAUGUUAAAAAGAAAAGAAAAAAGCAAAUAUCACAUGAACAGUAAAAGAACUUUUGAAUAUAUACAAACAUGUACUUCACUAAUAAUUCAUACACAAGAUAAAAAAAUAAAUAACAAUAACAAAAACAAAAACAAUAACCAAAACAAUAAUGAUAACCAAAACAAUAAUGAUAACCAAAACAAUAAUAAUAAUAACAAUAUUGUUUAUACUUACCCUUGUAAUGUUUUCCCAUCUUCUUAUAAUAAUCAUUCAGAUGAUCAGAACCACUUGAACGCACAUAUAAAGGGAAUCCUAGAGUCACCCGUUUUAUUAAAUGUGAAACAUUGUUUUAUAACUAUAAAUAAUGAGAACUUAACCAAAAAAGAAGAACUUAAAUAUAAAAUGAAAGUAGUGUAUAAAAUUAUAAAUGAUAUAAAAUAUAACCAAUGUUUUCUUUUUAUUAAUAAUACAUAUGAAGGUAUCCAAGUUAUUAAAAUGUUAAAAAAAAUGAAUGUCCCAUCUUAUUAUACUAGUUCAAAAAUUGAACAUAAAGAAAGAAUACAACUAUUUAAAAGUUUACAAGAAAAUAAAGUUAAAAUUGUUGUAUGCACAGAUGUUAUGUGUAGAGGUAUAGAUAACAUUGUGUGUGAUUUAGUAAUUAACUUUGAUAUACCACAAAGCAAAGAAACAUAUGUACACAGGUCAGGAAGAUGUGGAAGAUUCGGUAAUAAAGGAUUAUGUAUAAGUUUAUGUAAUUACACCGAUUAUAAUUAUUUGUAUUAUUUUAAAUAUAAAUUAAAAUUAAAUGUCUGCGACUAUUAUUAUAUUUGUAAAUCUGAUCAUAGAAAACAAGACGAUUCAUCUGUUCAAAUAAAUGAUAUUAAAAAAACACAUGAACAUAAUGAACAAAUUAUAGACACACAGUCAUGUGGUGAUAAUAAUCAUUAUAAAAAUUGUGAUGAAUCUGGUCCGUCUCAAAAUGUAUCCAACUUUCAACAAAUAAACUAUAAUAAUAUAUUUCAAAAUUGUGAUAUAGAAACAUUGAGAAAAAGAUAUGAAAAUAAUAUAAGAAAUAAUUAUUACGAACAAAAUGGUGUGGAGUCUCUAAAAAAAAAAAAAAAAAAAAAAAAACUUAUAAUAAACAUAAAAGGUUUUUUUUUUUCGAAACAUAUACAUAUAAUAAAUCCACAUUCAUAUAAUAAUACAUUUAAUAAUGUUUAUUUAAAAAUAUAUUUUAAAGAAUUAUUUAUAAAGUUUAAAAUUAUACAACAUAAUAAUGCAUGUUCCUAUAUUUUUAAAAUACCUAUUGAUAAUAAAAAUAUAUUUAAAAAUCUUAAUAUUAUUCAACAUGAGUCGAAUUUAAUUUUGUUUUUUCAUUUUUUUCAAAACAUAAAUAUAUGUUGUAAUUAUUAUGAUGACCAUAUAAAGAGCGAACAUAAUAAUAAUAAAAGUUAUAUAUAUAAUAAUAUAUAUUUCAAAAAAGAAAAGAAAAAAAAUAUUAUCAACACAAAUGUUUUUCCAACGAAUUUUUGUAUGCUCUUUUUUUGUAAAUCAAAUUAUUAUAUAACAUUAAAAUUAUACUAUAUAUUUCUUUUUUUAUUUAAAUAUUAUAAAUAUCCACUCAGAAAUAAUUUUUAUCAUCUCUUAAUAUAUAAUAAAUAUUAUAACAACAAUAAUAAAGAACAAUAUUAUCAUGAUGAAAAAAUAAAUAAUAAUAUAUCAUCCUUUACAAAUUUGGAAACAUUAAAGUAUUAUCUACAACAUCAUAAUAAUUGUAUAUCUGAUUCUUAUAUAUAUUACAAAAACAAAAAAAAAAAAAUUUUACAUAAAAAUGUAUAUAAUUUAAUUCAUGACGAGAAAUUAUAUGAACAAGUAAAAUACAGAACAAAUAUAAAUAAACAUGAUAUGUUCACUAUUCAUAAUAAUUGUUUGUUAAAUUCAAUAUCAUACCAUGACAAUCUGGAUUUUAAUUUACUAAAUAAUAAUAAUAAUAAUAAUAAUAAUCAUAUUAAUAUUAACUCCAUGUCUCUUGAACAAGCUAUCAUUUCUUUAAACAUGGAUAUUCUAGAAAAGCACAUGUUUAUAAAAUUCUGUAAUGAAUCCAAACAUAUUAAAUGUAUAAAUGAUGAAAUUAUAAUUAUGAAAAAAAUCAAUCAAUAUAUAUGUGAUCAAAUCUUUAUUAACGUAAAUGAUUAUCAAAAUGUAAAUAUAUUAAAGAGUCUUUUUUUACAAAAUCAUAUAAAAUUGUAUGAAGAUAGUUGA